AAAAAUUGUAUUGCACAAGCUUACCCAAUCCAUAACGCCGUUCAGUUAAUUUAUCAAAACUUCCAUCCAACACAUUUCUUAAAGCCAUGUAAACAUGGCGCUUUGGCGCCAAAUGUGCGUAACGAAAUCUUUCGGUGCCAUCUUUCGUGUAUUUGACUAUUUUCAUAACAUACAUGCCCGAUGCUUACUUGUCGGACACAUCCUCUUUUACUUCUCGGAAAACCACCCCCCCUCCCCCCCGGCCUUCGUACAUCGGAAGCAAACUUUGAUCGAAUGGUAACCAGAACGAAGACGACGUCGCUGACGAUGGCGAUUGCAAUCGAAAGUGAAAAUAUUUGUUUUCACUCCUUCCUAGCCGCCGGUCCCGGUUUGUUCCCGUGCCUGAUUCGGCAUCUGCCGAAUCGUUCAACCUUUACUUUUGCCAGCCUUUCAUCCGCGUGUUGCGUGGUCGUGUGGGAAAUCCCGGGGACAAAAAAAAAUAGAAGCUAUCUGCGUGAUCUCUUAACUCAUCCGUUGAUUUGGUGUCUGUAUGUGUGUGUGUGUCUUCGUAGCCGUUUUACGGCAUCUGGUUCUGGUUCGUGUGCUCAUUUUCCGAUGCCGAAAGAGCAGGUUGUUUUCGUCAUCUAAAUGGUAUUGGUAUUCUUUUCCGAUUUAUCUCUUCCUCUCUCGCUUUUGAGAGAGAUUUUAUUAAUUUGAUGCAAACCCAGUCCGUACGGAAGAGGUCUGUGUUGGUAAAUAGUGUUAUUUCUUAAGCAUCGCUCGAGGGUGAAGCACUUUCCACGAAAACACGACGCAGCAUCAGACCGCGACAAGCAUCGGGAUCGUAGAUAUCCUUCAAUAUUUUUCCGAAGAAUUCUGAUACAGCAGCUAGUGUACAGUGAGCAGUGAGUAAUUCGUUAGCAAAGAGUGAUCAUGUAAAGCAGAUCGUUCGUGUGAUCUUUUCCCAAAGAAUUUAUCACGCUCGAUUCAGGCACGUCGAAGAGAAACAUCUCCGAGUGUGAAAUCAUCUCAAUUUAAGCAACGCAACUUGUCCACCGUAGAGUGUUUAGUUGGAUCGGAAUGCAAAAAAAACAGGGAAAUGAUCGUCUAAAACAGCCGCAUGGUUAGCGUUUGGUGAAUGAAAAAUAGUGAACCUCCCCGUUUGGUUAGGUUGGGGUUGGGUGAAGUGUUUGUCGACAAACUCAUGUCACAGGUGUUAAUCGGAAUUUCAUCCCAAAACCAGGCCCACCAUACCAGUGUGAUGUGUUGAGGUGAUAAAACAUUAGAAAAAGGAAACCAAAAAAAAGCGUAGCAGAUAAAAAUAUUUUUCAAACAACUACACUUCUGUGCGUGCUUGUGUUUGCGAUUUGCAUUUUAUUGGUGGUCCGUGUUUUUUUGUUGUUCUUUUGUUUAGGCCGUCUCCAUUAAAUGCUGGGUGUGCAAUUAAAUUAAUAUUUUUCCUAAACGUGACCAGCGACUCCCUGGCAACUGUGCAGUGUGCGUUCCCCGGAAGCAGGAAGUGUUGUCCUGUAGUUGUAUGUGGAGUGUACCGUGUGUGAAUUCUGUUUGUUUGGUGAAGUUUCCGUAAAAACCGUGUGAUUUUUCCAUCCCCAACCCAACACCGAGUGAUGGCAUUUAAUGUUGUGCAGCAUCAGCACAAGUGAAGCAGAUUCGAAACGACGCAACGCCCGUUACAGGAGGCAAAAGUUUGAAAUUUAGUUUUCGCGCUGCUGUUUGGUGCGACAGUUCGUUCAUCGGUCCGGGGGAAAGGUGAAGGCCGCCGUGUGCUACAGGUUCAACAAAACAGCGAAGUCACUGCGCCGAUCGGCGGCGGAUUCAAAAUCGCGCGUAACGAGCCAUCGGCGUGGCAGAGAGAGCAAAACCCCCGGCACUACUAGUGCAAGUGCACAAAACGGUACGGAUAGCAGUAGCUCGUUGACUCGUUGACCUCUUUGCCCAUACUCAGCGAACACACGGACACCCGGACACACGGGUUUAUAUCGUAAUGGUAGCGCACUAACGGACCACCGUGGAAGCGGAUUGUACAAACACGCAAGCACCAGGAAUCGUAUCACUUCCCGUUUCGUUGCUGUUAGCGUCACACACGAAAGCAGAUCGCUGCUGACAGAAAACCAAAAAAAAAAAAAGAAAAUAAUCCAGUACCGAUCGGUAAUCUUUGUCUGACUAGCUAGAAACACAUAGGAAGCGGAAAGCGUAACAACGGCAAGGAAAAGCUAGAUACUGGCUUACUUUUAAAAAAGAAACCCAAAAACUCUUCGAUAGCAAAAUACGGAACCGUUCGGAAAAAUUGCCAGUGAUCGGCUUCACUUCACAUUGUGUGUGCAUUUCGUUUCGCUACAGUGAAGCGCACACAAUCCACAAUCACUUACGUGGCUGCGUACGCACGUGAACACUCAUACACAAUCCCCAUACCAAGCGCGCGUGAAUCCCCUCACAUCGCACAUCGCGCCCGUUUCAAAAUGUCCCGCUCGACGGCAUCCAAUCAACAGCGACGGCAAAGAUCAAGGUCUACCACACGCUAUGCCGACCUAGAGAAACCCAAGAAGAAAAAGACACUCAGUUCGACGAGUUUAGUUUCGAUACCCAACACGAUAAAGUUAAGCAUGUUAAAUAGCGGUUUGCUGUCACUAGAUAAAGUAAAACUAUCCGCACGAGAUGAAAAAAACCCACUAUCGCAGACGAUGCCCGACAAACCGACCGAACUGCGACAUUUUGCGAAGCUGUGCGAACAGCGGCGCAAGUUUCCGAUACUGUACAAGCUCGAAUUCCAGACGGCUGUGAAGGUUGAAACCAACUCGUGCAAGCACGCCCUGCGCAAAGCCAAUGCACUCAAGAACCAGAACCCCAAAUGCAUUCCAUACGAUUACAAUAGGGUUGUUUUAGACAAGUACGACAACACACCGGACUCGGACUACAUCAAUGCGUCGUACGUGGAUAGUUUACUUAAGCCAAACGCGUAUAUCGUAACGCAGGGACCAACGGAGGAUACGGUGCUAGAUUUUUGGAGGAUGGUUUGGCAAGAGAACUGUAGCGCUAUUGUGAUGCUAACGAAGACGUUCGACUUUACUAAGGUGAUGUGUGUACAGUACUGGCCACCGAACAAGGAGAAGGAAGAAAUCUACGGCGACAUGCACAUCACGAUACAGUCCGAGGAGGAGCUAGCCAAUUUUCACAUAAGAACGUUUAGGCUGUUUAAACUCAAUAAAGAUAACGUAGUGGCCGAGGAGCGAUUUUUACUACAGUUUCACUACACCGAAUGGCAUUCACAUACCUGCCCUUUUUCCAAUGCAAUUCUCGAGUUCCGCCGGCGGGUACGCGCCGUCGUGGGGACAAUCAUCAAAGCGAACAGCAGGAUCGGUCCGAUGCUGGUUCACUGCAAUGAUGGUGGUGGUCGAUCGGGCGUGUACCUUGCGAUCGAUGCCAACAUGGAGCUGGCCGAAGAGGAAGACUCGUUUCACGUGUUCGGCUACCUGAAGAAGCUACGCCAGUCGAGGAAAGGCCUUAUAGAAAACGUGGACCAAUACAAAUUCGUAUACGACACGCUGGAGGAGUUCAUUAUCUGCGGCAAUUCGUGGUUUCCGGUAAAGGAGCUGUCGCAGCGAUUAAAGGAGAAAAGCCUGAAGGAUCCGCUUACCAAGAUGAACUCGUACCAGCGGGAGUAUGCCCAGAUCUGCAAGCAGACGCCCCGCUUCACCAUCGGUGACUGUGCCGGUGGCCAUCGGGGUGACAAUCGGGAAAAGAACCGCGACGUCCUUUGCGUACCACCUGACAACUUCCGUCCUUACCUUAGCUCGUUUCAGGGAAAUUCAUUUACCGACUACAUUAACGCCGUGUUCGUUGACGGUUACACGAAACCGCGCGAGUACAUCGUCACGGAAUGGCCGCUCCAGAAGACGUGCGGUGAAUUCUGGUCCCUCGUUUACGAUCACGAAUGUGCUGCCGUCGUCGUACUUUGCCAGCCACCUCACAACUCGCAACAAUAUCCCGCCUUUUGGCCCGAGGGUCGUCACUCGAAAAAGUACGGACCGGUGUUUACCAUCGAUCACAUCUCGCACCAGCACUAUUCCAACAUCAAGUCGUGGAUCUUCCGGAUCAACAAGAAGGUCAUCUCGCUGACGGAACUGAUGGCGGGCGUAAAGGCACCACCGAGAACGGUGCAACUCUUCCAGCUUACCUGUUGGCCGAUGGGUCAUAAGGUACCGACGUCGACGAACUCGCUGGUCGAGCUGAUGAAUAUGGUCGAACGUUGGAGGCAAAAAACGGACUAUGGUCCCGUCUGUGUGGUGUCACCUGACGGUCGCAGCCGGGCCGGUGUGUACUGUGCUGCUAAUGCCUGUAUCGAGCAGGUCAUCCAGCAUGGAGAAGUGGACGUUUUUCAGGCUGUGAAAACUGUGCGAAGGCAUCGACCACAGCUCGUAGAUAACAUGACUGAAUACAAGUACUGCUAUGAUCUAGUGCUACACUACGUGUUGCACUACUUGAAUAAAGACUUGAAAGAAAAGAAGUGAGAAAGCGACUUACACGAUGAUCUGUGGUUUAUUGAAUUUGGACGAGGGAAAAGCAUCCCGCUUACGCCCGAGUACUCAAAUUCCGAACUCUCCAAAGAACUAUCGAACGCAGGUCGUGUAAUCGUGGAAAAGAACAUCAGAAAGCUACAGAAGGGAGAGUCCUAC